ACUAGAAGAACGCCUAAACGGCAACAACAAACAUGGCGGCGGCUCCGCUCAGCUUCAUCUUGGAGAGGUGCUGGACGGAGGAGAAGGAGACGACGCUCAUUGCGUUUUUCUCCAAGAACAGCUUCCUGUGGAACCACAAGUCCGAAGGCUACAAGAACCGGGAGCUGCGAUGGAAAACGCUGGAGCGGCUCAGGGUCCAGCUCUCCUCCCAGCCUCCGCCGGUUCCUUUCACAGUGGAAGACAUCAAGAACAAGUUCAAGAACCUGCGUACGACCUUUCAGCGUCAGUACAAGAUGGUCCAAGCGAGCGGCGAGGGCCUCUUCAUCCCACAGUGGAAGCACUACCAGCAGCUGAUGUUCCUGCAGGCCUGCUGCAGUCAGGAGGACCCGGCCAACAACACGCCCCCUAUGGUUCCUAAGGAGGAGAACCAGUUCCCGCUCACCUCCCCUGGACUCCUCUCCUUCCUCCCCUCCCCGUCCUCCUCUUCAUCCUCCGGCUUUGUUGGGAGGUGUUUCUGGACAGAAGAAAAGGAACGGGAGCUGAUAUCCUUCUAUGCAGAACAUGGCUGCCUGUGGAACCAGAAGUCUGAGAAUCACAACAACCGUCAACUCAGACAGAACCUCUUGGAGUCGCUAAGGAAGCAGCUCUCAGACCAGCUGGUGUCUUUUUCUGUGGACGACAUAAAAUCCAAAUUCAAGAACCUUCGAACCGUUUUUAACCGGGAGUACAAGGCCGUCCAGGCCAACAGAGCCUCCGACAAACCCCACGUGUCCAAGUGGAAGCACUACCACCAGAUGCUCUUCCUCUGCGAGUCCUUCAAAGAAGACGAGUCUGCUGACGACCUGCAGAUAGUGAUGGUGCAGGAGGGAAGGGACCCGGAGCGUCCGGAUCACGGGAGCCAGACUUUAUCCACCGGCUCCUUCAGAACCAGCAGCGCUGCAGAUCACAGUGAAAAUAAAAGCAUCACCUGCUCAGCGUACCAAGUUCUCCUGGCUGCAGCUCCAGACCAGUUCAAACCAGUAGAUCACAAAGCUGCUCCCACCGUCCUCAGCUCACCGGACAGGAAGACCUGCAGGACCUGGGUCCAGGCCGGAGACAGGAUGACCUCAGAGCCUCGGUGCCUCUGGAGCGAAGCCAAAGUUCAGCAGCUCAUCUCCUUUUAUGCAGAGCACAGCUGUCUGUGGAACCACCGCUUGGACAGCUACAGGAACCGUCUGCUGAGACAGAGCCUGCUGGAGACGCUGAGCGGCCUGCUGUCUGAGGACGAGGCCGUCCCCUUCACAGUGGACGACAUCAAGACCAAGUUCAGGAACUUACGGACCAUCUUCCAGCGGGAGCACAAGGCGGUGAGCUCCAACAGAACCUGUGGCUCAGAGGACUUCUACCUCCCAAAGUGGAAGCAUUACCUGGACCUGAUGUUCCUCUGUGACUCUGAAGAGGAAGAGGAGCAGCCUUCGUCUCCACCCGCACACCCCUCCUACACAGCUGCCUCUACCCAGAGCCCGGAAGUCCCGCCCUCCCCGACUCCCCCAGACUCACGGCUCUCCUCCCCCUCUUCCUCCUCCUCCACGUCUUCGUCCCGCAGCAGGAUGUCCAGCCGAAAGCGAGAGCGCCGGCGAGCGUCGGCCUCCGGCGGUGAGCUGAUGGAGCUGAUGAGGAGCGUCUGCCAGAACCGGACCCAGUCGCCACACGCCGGCUUCCUGAAGUAUGUGGAGGAGUGUCUGAAAGAGGCGCCACCGGACAAAGUGAAGAAGCUGAAGAAGAUGAUCAUCGAGACGAUCCACAGGGUGGAGGAAAACGGUUAGAGAUCCCAGGUCUACGUUCCAGCGCCGGGGGACUCGCCUUUGCUGCUGUCCCUGCGCUGCAGCAGAACAUGGAGAGGACAAGCAGCUCCAAGUCGCUUCCGGACUCCGAGUCUCCUAGAGAUGACGGUGGAGGUCUGACCUUCCAGGUUUGGUUUCCUCUGUCGAAGUUCUCCUUCCGCUGCUCCAACAGAGUCCAGACUGGGAUCAAAUCUGGGAAAUCCGACCAGAACGUUUUUCUUGUGGCGUUCCGGUUGAUCCAGGGCGGCCGACUGAAGAUCCAUGUCGGUUUCUACCUGCUUCUGUCUGGUUUGUUCCUGCAGGUGAAGCCGUUUAGUCAGAUGGAGCGACUGGCACCGGGUGUCAUUCCGUCGGGUCACGCUCAGACUGUCCCACCUGAAACAGGCUGGACCAAUCACAGCGCGGGACGAUCAACCGAAGGAGAACAGGAAGAGAAAAGCUGAACCUAAAUCAGUUUUAACCACAGCAGUUCUUUUAAAAUCAUUUUUUAAAUCUCCUCUUUUUUGAUGGAAAACUUACAGAUUGCUGGAAAGUUCAGAAAAGCAGAGGUUUAGUUUAAAGACCUGUUCUAUCUGUAGGGGGAAAAAAACAUGGUGCUUUAUUUUUCUACAAAGUAUAAAUCCUUUUUUCUUCCCUUUGACAUAUUUUCAGGAAAUAAAAUAGUUGCAUAACGAUUUAAAAUACAUAAAAAUGUUUGCCUAAAAAUGUUUUAUUUGAAAAUCAUGUUAUUCUGUUUGUAUUAUUUAAAUACAGAUUCUUUAAUGACAUAUUUAAUGACUUUUAUAAGGUUUUGUUUUAAUCUGAUACUGGUGCCAUAUCAGAAUCACCUUAUUAAAUAUAAGAUGUAUGAAA